UGAGAGCAUAGAAGAUACUAGAGACUCCACGGAGACAUAGCACAAAAUCAUACCAUGCCAAACUACAAACUCAUUUAUUUUAAUAUGAGGGGGAGAGCAGAAAUUAUUCGUUACAUAUUUGCUUAUUUGGACAUAAAAUAUGAAGACCACAGGAUAGAACAAGCUGACUGGCCUGAAGUCAAAUCAACUCUUCCAUUUGGUAAAAUCCCCAUUUUGGAAGUCGAUGGACUUAACCUUCACCAGAGCCUGGCAAUAGCAAGAUACUUGGCCAAAAACACAGAUUUGGCUGGAAAAACAGAAUUUGAACAAUGUCAAGUUGAUGCAAUUGUGGACACUUUGGACGAUUUCAUGUCACGUUUUCCCUGGGCAGAGAAAAAACAAGAUAUAAAAAAUCAGAUGUUUAAUGAGCUACUUACAUAUGAUGGACCUCAUCUGCUGCAAGAUUUGGACACAUACUUAGGGGAAAAGGAGUGGCUUAUUGGUAACUCUGUUACUUGGGCAGAUUUCUACUGGGAAAUUUGCAGUACCACACUUUUGGUCUUUAAACCUGACUUGUUGGACAUCCAUCCCAGGCUGGUAACAUUACGAAAGAAAGUUCAAGCCAUUCCUGCUAUCGCUGACUGGAUACAACGAAGGCCCCAGACCAAACUCUAGGUAAUGCAUGCUGCCUCUAAGCUUUGUUAUUCACACACAGCAUCGCUUCCAUCAGAUAAGAAGCUAGUCAGCCUGCCACGGAAUCUACACACUCCCCUCCCAGGCUCCACCAAGUCUUUCACUUUUGCCAUAUUCUGCUUUAAAAAAAAAAAAAAAGAAAAAAGGGGGGA